AUGGCUUCCACUAACACUAAGAAACACUGGCUACCAUUCAACGUCUUCUUGAACUGUCGUUACCGUCGUAACGAGAACUACUAUCGCCCGCUGACACCUCGUGAGCGCGUGGAGGUUGUUGCGCUUCUGCUGAACGCAACACUACGAUGCAAGAUGUCGCACGCCGAAGUCGUUGCGCCACGCAUUCUGUGGGAUACAUGCCCCGUCGACGUGGUUGCACACACUUCCAGCACCUGCUUACAGGGUCCAAAACGGACCAUCCCGAUGCCCGGCUCGAUGGGCGUGCCUCUGGACGUCUACUAUCAGCUCUACCACGACUUCAACACGAAUCUGUGCGUACGAGCCCGUCAUUCGAGCUGGAGGAAUCAGUUACCCUCAAGACACUAU